AUGCCAAUUCCAACCAGAACAAUUCCAGAAUACCGGUUCUCCUAUGUCCCCGACUACUUUGUGGACGGCGCCGAGGCGGCCAAGACGUGCCUGGACUUCAAGCUCACAGCCCAACCCAACUUGGGUCUGUUGGAGAGAGCAUACGACAAUGACAAUGCGCCGGAAUUGGCGAGAGGAGAUGGUCCCUGGGCCCAGUUUAGCAGGCGUAUCGAAUGGCUCAACACGAACAUUCCUUACGGCGUGUCCUACAAGUUGCUGUAUCUCCUGCGACACGGAUUGAGUGUGCACAAUAUCGUCAUGGCAAAAGUGGGAAGAGACGCUUGGAACGGCUACUGGUCUCAUCUCGAAGGAGACGGUGAACUCACUUGGGUUGACGCAAGGCUCACAGAGGACGGCAUCAAACCUAGCCGGACAUCUCGGAGACCUCUGGACACACUGUACACCAGUCCUCUGGCUCGUUAUCUUGAGACAACCAAGCUUGUGUACGAGCCAGUCAUGGCCAAGCGCGGGGAGAGCCUCGACCAGUAUUCGAAGCUGCUGAGGGAACGACUCACAAACCACACUUGCGACAAGCGAAGUACUCGAGCGCACGAUCUGUACGAAACAAACCAUGAGCACGUGGCCAGAAAACGGCGACUUCUCGCGGACAUCUUCGCCAACGACAAAGCAACAUUUGUCUCGCUUACCACUCACUCAUGUGCUAUCUCGGCAGUUCUUGGAAGGGCCGUCCUUCCCCUUCUCGUCAAAGCUGAGGAAGCGGUCGGCGAGCGAGCCUGA